CAUCAACAGCGGUUCCCUUUUCAGAUAACAACCCAGCUUCUCUUCUACGUACCUAUCAACCCUGUAUUUAUUUCGUGUCAUAAACAAUGGAUAACGCAGACCCUUUUCUCCAAGUCCAAGCAGAUGUUCUUUCAACCCUCCAAGCGGCCCGCCCUCUUUUCUCCUCCUUUCUUCGCAUCCGCUCACUAGCAAAAUCUCCCGACAACCCCGAACUUCAACAAGCCCGCUCGGAACUCGAAUCAACCCUAACAGAUCUCAGCGCAGACCUAGAAGAUCUCGUCGAGAGCGUUCGUGCCAUCGAACUCGAUCCGUACCGAUAUGGCCUGGAAUUAGAGGAGGUGCAGCGCCGACGGAGACUGGUGGAUGAAGUCGGAGGAUCGAUAGAGAAAAUGAGAGAGGAGAUGCAGAAGACCGUCGAGACCGCAGUGGUCAAAGGAGGAAGGGCACCUGGCGCCGGAGGAUCUGCGUUACCGAAUCCGGCAGAAUUCGACAGUAUGCUGUCGCCAUCAGCGGAGGAAAGAGGCGAUGAUUACUAUGCUGCGUUAGAGCAGCAGAGACAGGUGGAGCUUAUGAAUGAGCAGGAUGAACAACUUGAUGGGGUUUUCCGAACAGUCGGAAACUUGCGACAGCAGGCAGAUGAUAUGGGAAGGGAGCUCGAGGACCAAAAUGCCAUGAUCACUGAGGUUGAUAGCUUGGCUGAUCGGGUUGGAGGGAAAUUGAAUAACGGGAUGGCUAAGAUGAAAUAUAUCAUCAGAAAGAACGAAGACACUAUGUCCUCCUUCUGUAUCGGACUCCUGAUUUUCGUGCUCGUUCUAUUAUUAAUUCUUUUGAUUGCGUUGUGA